AUGCCACGCGACCCACAGAAGGACUGUGCAAAUCGGCAGUCCCCUAGCAUCGCCACCAGUAUCGCCCACGGGUCUUUAGCAGCGAGGAAUCCACCAAGGCGUUCCUCGGGCGAAAAUCAUGAGAGGCUUCACGCUGCUAGUGCUCGCGCUGGUGGCCCUGGCUGCCGUCGCGCAUGCGCAGAAGGUAGGGAGGGCCGAGAAUGCCAUAGUCUUUCUUGGACAUUGGUUGAGAAGAGGUCACAGGCAUGCGAGAAGGCAGGAGGAAGGUGCGUGAGCAAGUGUCAAAGGAAGUCUCUGGAUGACAUUUCCUGUGCGAAGGGACUGACCUGCUGCAAACUAUCGAAAAGGCAACAGCGAAAGCAAAUGAAGAAAAAAGAGCGAAAACUCAAGCAAAAGGAAAGAAAGGCUUCCAAGAGACAAAAGAACAAUAAGGGGUUGAAAGCACAGAAAGAAAACAAGAGAGAGAAGAAAGUCAAAGGGAAAGGCAAAACAUUUGCUAAAGGAGAAGGCAAAAGGAGAAAGAACAAACCUCAAAAAACAGAAAAAGAUGGGAAAUCACCGCAAAAAGUAUCAGGUAGAAAAGCUGCUGAAGAUACAGACAAAAGGAAAAACAAAAAAGAUGGGAAAUCAUUGCAAAAAGUCAAAGUAUCAGGGAGAAAAACUGCUGAAGAUACAGACAAAAGGAAAAACAGUAAGUUUGCUUUUGCUUUUUCACACCUGCUGAUAUACAAGUACGGAAAUAUUUUAUCCUGGCAAUAG